ACCGAUGCUCAGUUUGGAUUUGGAUUCAAUUACAACGGCGUGACAGUCUUUGUGUGGAUUGAAUUUCUUAUAAUCUACUGUCCGAUACCAACAGCUGCCUGGAACCUCACAAAUGAAAGGAAAUAGACGCUGUCUCGGGCACUGUGUACCUGGUGCCUUCAUCAAUCAGACGUCUUACAGCAAAAAUGUUCUUUGACUCACUGCUGUUAUUGGACCUGCCAGGAUGAGCCCUGUCUUGACCAUUUUAUAGGAUAUAUGGUUUAUAUUCUUACAAAAAUACGUUAGAAUAUCUGCGUGUAAUCCCUGCUCGACUUGUCAGCGAAAUAGACAAACCCUCUGUUCUGCAGGAUAUGGAGUUCAGCAUCUCGACAACAGUUGGCACACCAGACAGUCAGGUGUAUAAUAGCAGGGAAAGCCUUUAUGAAGAACGCCGGAAGGUUAUUUUAGACGGAUGUAAAAAGGUGAAUAAGACAACUCGUCCGUUUGGAUUAGAAAAUCAAAACUUAUGUAUUGACAAGCUACAUGCAAUCUCUUACUGUCCCAUUCCCAAAGUCAGUUCAACAUUCUGGAAAAGAAUUCUGACAGUAAUGGCCAGCCAGGGGAAACUUCACUCGCCGUUUGAAAUAUCUUUAGGCGGCGUAAGAUUGUCUAAAAUAAAUCAACUUUCAAAGCGUGACCUGAAAACUUUGAGAGAAAAGGGUACUUCUUUUUUGUUUGUAAGGGACCCUUACGCACGACUAUUUUCUGGUUAUGAGAACAAAAUAUAUCAUUCUAAUUUGAUGUACUGGAAAAUAAUUGGUAGAAAGGUUGUGCAGGUUGUCAGAGACAAUCACGAUGCAGUUUACAACAACUACGGGUUCGAUGUAACGUUUCCAGAAUUCAUAAAGUAUAUUCUAUAUUUAAGUGAAUCAGGGCUGAAUAUCAAUGGUCACUUUUCACCAAUGCUGAAUAGAUGUGACCCUUGUUCAACGCAUUUUCAGUACAUUGGAAAGUUAGAAACAUUCUCGGAUGAUGCACAUUAUCUCAUCUCAAAAUGGAGAAAUGAAUUUAAAGAUGUAGAAUUACACUUCGAUGAUUUUGAAAAGGAGACUGCUCUUGAUACUGCUAGAGGACAUGUGAAUUUUCUGUUUAGCACAAAGAAAAUAUUAAGUGAGAUCAAAUUUCCGUUUAUUAAAAUCAUGCUCCGGACAUGGAGAGACUUGCAAAUACGAGGUCAUCUUUCUAAACAUAUUGCAUUUCCUUUUAAUGAAGCUGACGUAGAUACGAUAACGAAAGAGGAAUAUAUGGAAGCUAUAAAGAAAGCGCUAGACAUUCCAGUGAACCGUACAGAAGUAAAACUGCAGAGGGCAGAAGCUCUCGUACAGGCGUACAGUCAGGUACCGCUGGAGGACAUGGAGAGGUUGAGGAUGUUUGUGUUACAAGAUUGUUUAUUGUUUGGUUACGACGACCGCCCGACAAAGCUGUUUGACAGAUCUAAGCAAAAAUCAAGUGAUUUUGUAUAUCUGGAUGGACUUUCAAAGUAA